AUGAAGUUGUUCUACAUUGUUCCCUUCGCAGUGGCGUUGACCUGUGCGGCCGCAGCUACUGACUUCGGUGCGAGUAAGAUGCUGGGCAAGCGCAACAUUUGGGGACAGUUCUUCCCGAUGCAUCCUCGCCUUGCCGCUCGAGCGGACGGACAUGAAGGGAUCGGCGCUCAGGGUAGUUUUCAGGAGGGCGGUAAGAACGAGCAUGGUCACGCCACUACGCACGGACUAGGUCAUUACGAGUCAAAUCAAGAGGAUUACCAUAGUUGGAAGCCGUUGGAAGCCAUUGGACACUAUGGUCACCUGGCAGACGAACACAAGUUUGGCGCACAGUUCCACCAUGGAGGAGGAGAUCAACACAAUGCGCAGCUGGAAAGCAAGCAUGAUUUUGGCGCACAUCAGAGUGGUGGCGAAGGAGGGCAUCACGGGUUUGAAGGAAGCCAUGGAUUUGAUGGACAUCAUAGCUUUGGAGGACAUCUGGAACUAGCAGGACAUGAAGGAUUUGGGGGUCACGGCGAUCUUGGAGGACAUGGUGGCCUUGAGGGACAUGGUGGUCACGGAGGUCACGGUGGUCUGGGAGGCCAUGGAGAUCAUGGUGGUUUUGGAGGUCACGGAAGUCACGGUGGUUUAGGAGGACACGGUAGCUUCGGAGGACACGGUGAUCUCGGAGGUCACGGAGGUCACGGAGGUCACGGUGAUCUCGGAGGGCACGGAAGCCAUGGUGAUCUCGGAGGACACGGCAGCUUUGGAGGACACGGUGACCUCGGAGGGCACGGCGAUCUCGGAGGACACGCUGCUCUGGGAGGUCACGAAUCAUUUGGCGAUCAUGAAUCUUUCGGUGGUCACGAGAGCUUCGGUGAUCAUGGAGACGCUGGUACACAUCAGGCCUUUACCCACGGCGGUCACCAUGGAUUUGGAGGACAUGAAGGAUACUCGUUCGGUGGUGAUCAUCACGGUUUCGGUGGACACGAUGAUCAUUCGCACGGUCAUCAUGAACAUCACGGAGGUGAGAAGGAACAUCCCAUCAAGGAGCUGCACCUGGACGCGGAGUACGAACAUGGUGACGAUCACAAGGAGCACAAGGAACACAAGGAACCGAAGAUCAAGUACAUUACUGUUACGGAGCGUGUGCCAGUACCGUACAAGGUGACUGUCGAGAAGAAGGUGCUCGUCCCGAUCAAGGUCCCGUACACCGUACACUCGGAAAAGGUGGUACCGAUCGUGGUGGAGAAGAAGUUCCCGGUUGUCGUUGAGAAGCACGAAAUCAUCCAUGUGGACAAGCCGUACGAGGUGAAGGUUCCGCAUAAGGUUGAGGUGCAUAAGAAGGAAAUCGUGAAGGUGGAGAAACCGGUGCCGGUGAAAAUUGAAAAGCCCGUCCCGUACAAGGUGGAAAAGCCAUACGUUGUGCACAAGCACGUCCCAGUCAAGGUGUGGGUGAAUGUCAAGAAGGAGCAUCAUGAUUAA